GCUGGGGCAUGCCGUCCGAGGUCUCGUUCAGGAAUUUUGUGGCUCGCAGGGUUUCAGCAUUGUUCUCGGCUCUAAGCUGGGGAAAAGCGGAAGAGGGAGGAUAUGCAUCCCUUUAUACAACCAAUUCGUCCAUGGUAUGCUGGGCGCUCGCUGCUUUCAUCCCUUCACGGAUCGUGUGUAAUGUUGAGCUACCAACCCAACCACGACUUCUUGGCUCACCUUGGCAGGGAGGCCGAUUUUCCUGCAUGGGGAUAACUUAGAUCAAUCAAUGGGGUAACU